CUUCACGAGGUUGUCGAUAGCCCGCGACUGGGGCUGCCUUUUGGAGGCAAGUACAAGAUGACGGAAGAGGAACAAGAAGACAUUCAGCUCUUAGGCAAGGAGGUGCUUGAGAACAACCGUUUCGCUGACGAUAACCAAUGCGGCAACUGUGGUCACUUUGGUCACUGGCUCGGCGACUGCGCCUUCCCCGACGACCAAGGCACCAUCAUGGGCUGCCCGCUGUGCAAUACCACACUGCAUUUUUGGGACCAGUGCCUUAAAAAGAAUUCGCUUACAGCGACACAGCAGCUUCAAUUGAUGCUGCUGAGGCGCAGAAGAAAGCCCAUGAUCCGCUCUUCGACAUCUCUACGAGAUCUUUUAGCGGAUGCUAUACAGGAGGGAAUGGAGAGCUUGCUCGAUAGCGAAGGUCUGCCGUGGACCCAGAGCUACACGAUGAAGCUCAUUAAGAAGAGAAGAGACCAGCCAUGGCUCAAGUACGGCCCCGAUGAGACGAACAAGUUUCCUGAAGAUCCUGAUACUGAAGGAAAUGUACGAGAAGUUAUGAAUAGCUCCAUUGCUGAGAAUGAAUGUCAUCGCCCACGCGCGGUGAUACAACAAAAGAAGCGACGAGGGUAA